UACGUAUUUCAUAUAGGCCUAACAUUGAUCAGACACGGAAGAAAAUAUGCAGACUUUUUCAAUAUGGACAUAAGAGACGAGGUUGCACAAACAUGUAUACUUAUCAAAUCGAUUCCAUUUGAGACAGAUGUCAAGUCUAUAUCCACUGCUGUCGGUGCCGAAGUAUCAGUGAAAAGAGUAUUCCGUUAUACUGAACAGGCGGAUAACAGUACCAGAUUCAUUGUUCAGCUAAACACUCGACAAGAUGUGAACAGACUGAUUGCAGCUAACAGUCUUUAUUUACGAAACCCUGAAGAUGAAAACGUCAAGGUGGAAGUGGGGUUCUGCCCCGAGUGUAUCGUACCCACUGAGUGGGUUGACGAUGAUGACCCUUCUUCUGAUUUUACUGAAAGCAAUAAUGGCAAGGAAGAGCAAUCUGAUGGACUCGGUUGCCAUGGUAAUCAGGGGGAGACAAAUGGAAAUGGUGCUGUGUGUGGAGGUAUCUAUUGGGAAUCUGACAGAGAACAUGUGAAUGCCAAAUUUACUGAUUUGACAGUAUUUUCAGACAAGAAAGAGACAAAUGGAUUGGAUAAAAAAGACAGGGAUGUUGAUGCUUUAAGCUCAUGUGAUGCUGUUAAACAGGUACAGAAGUCAGAAGAUGAGAAUACAGUGGUGUAUAGGCGACCCAGGCAGGAAGCCACAAAGGGGCCAAGUGUAAGGGUACUGGACAUGGCAGAUCAGAGUCCUUACGACACACCGAAACCAGAUUUGUAUGAACCAAUCGGAGAUGUCUACAGGCCAACAUGGAAUAUGGUAAAUCAACAGAGACCCAAGUCACAGGUGGAACCAAAUGUCACAACAGAGCCGGUAGAGAAAGGUCCAAGGUCAGUAUCGGUUUAUGUUGAUGGUCAUAAAUCUUUAACAGAGACAGAUCUGGUGGGAUCCCCAAACAAAGAGAAGGAGAAGCAAACCAUCUUUGAGAGCAAUACUUGUGUGGUUGUAAGACCUACAGACAAAGGAAAUAAUGAUACAGAAAUGUUAAAAAUGUCCAAAGGUCAUGUGACAGACACUUCAUCUUCUGUAUAUGAGGAUAAUAUCCAUUCAAAGAAUACAAGAUUGAAAUCCAAAACAAAUGAAUUAGAAUCAACAGAUUUUGCUGAAAACGCCGAAACUAUCACCAGAAAAGGUGGUUCAGACACACAGAUUGGGGUAGAAGCUGCAGGAUAUGAGGACUCCCAGAGAUGUACUCUACAGAUAUCAUCUCCGCCAGUCAUAAGGACUACUGAUUGUGAUCAUAUCAAGGACAAGGACAUUUCUAAACCUUCUACGGGGUCUGAAACUCCAUAUGUUUAUAAUAAAACUGGGAUGUCAGGUGUAAGUGAAGGGCAAGGUUCAGGAUCAGAAAGGCUGCUUUCACAAAGCAUUGUGAAACAUGUUCAGCAUGAUCAUCAGUUAGGUCAAGGUCAACAGGGUGAUCAUCAGUUAGGUCAAGGUCAACAAGGUGAUUAUCAGUUAGGUCAAGGUCAACAGGGUGAUCAUCAGUUAGGUCAAGGUCAACAACGUGAUUAUCAGUUAGGUCAAGGUCAACAGGAUGAUCAUCAACUAGGUCAAGGUCAACAGCAUGCUCAUCAGUUAGGUCAAGGUCAACAGGGUGAUCAUCAGUCAUGUUAUUCAGAGAUAGAUGUGGGUCAAAAGUGUGGUAAAUUAAACCCAGCUCAACCUGUGACUGGUCAUUUAGGCCCAACUUCACCCAUUACUGAACAGAAAGGUAUUGGUCAACAGCAGUGUGAUAAUCAAGGUCUGCCAUCAGCUCUUACUGGUCAAUCAGGUCAAAGUGAACAGCUUGCUGGUCAGUUGAUUCCUACUCCUAUCCCUUCACAUCAGGCUUUAACUGCCAGGUAG